AGUAGUGACAGUGGGGGAAAGAGCACAGAGACGAGGUGUCAGCAGCGGCAGCGGCUUCGGCAAGGGAGGAAGCAAUUGGGAUACACAUUGGGCUGUGUUAUAUCAUUUGGCUCUCGGGAAUACUUUUAUUUUUCUCUUGGAAGAUAUGUUAAGACGAGUUGUGCGGCAGAGCAAAUUCCGUCAUGUCUUUGGCCAGGCGGUGAAGAACGACCAAUGCUACGAUGAUAUCCGGGUGUCAAGGGUCACAUGGGACAGCUCCUUCUGUGCGGUCAACCCCAAAUUUGUUGCCAUUAUUAUUGAGGCCAGUGGGGGUGGAGCUUUCCUGGUUCUCCCUCUUCACAAGACAGGACGCAUUGACAAAUCCUACCCUACAGUGUGUGGUCACACAGGCCCUGUGUUAGACAUCGACUGGUGCCCCCACAAUGACCAGGUCAUUGCCAGCGGCUCUGAGGACUGCACAGUGAUGGUGUGGCAGAUCCCUGAAAAUGGCCUGGUCACCUCCCUGUCUGAGCCGGUGGUGGUACUGGAGGGCCACUCCAAACGAGUUGGCAUCAUUUCAUGGCACCCCACAGCACGCAAUGUCCUUCUCAGUGCAGGUUGUGACAACCAGAUCAUCAUCUGGAACGUGGGCACAGGUGAACCGCUGAUUACCCUGGAGGAUAUGCACCCUGACGUCAUAUACAGCGUCUGCUGGAACCGCAAUGGCAGCCUCAUCUGCACCGCCUGCAAAGACAAGACCAUCCGUGUCAUUGAUCCCCGCAAGGAGAAGAUUGUGGCGGAGAAGGAGAAGGCACAUGAGGGAGCUCGACCCAUGAGGGCCAUUUUCAUGGCUGAUGGGAAUGUCUUCACCACAGGUUUCAGCCGCAUGAGUGAGAGACAACUCGCCCUCUGGAACCCGCAAAGUAUGGAUGAGCCCAUUUCUGUUCAUGAGAUGGACACCAGCAACGGAGUCCUCUUGCCCUUCUACGAUCCAGACACCAAUGUGGUUUACCUUUGUGGGAAGGGUGACAGCAGUAUCCGCUACUUUGAGAUCACAGAUGAGGCUCCAUUUGUCCACUACCUCAACACCUUCACCACCAAGGAGCCCCAGCGGGGCAUGGGCUACAUGUCCAAGAGGGGCCUUGAUGUCAAUAAGUGUGAAAUAGCAAGGUUCUAUAAAUUGCAUGAAAGGAAGUGUGAGCCUAUCAUCAUGACUGUACCUAGAAAGUCGGACCUGUUCCAGGACGACUUGUACCCGGACACAGCUGGACCAGAUGCUGCCCUGGAAGCUGAAGAGUGGUUUGAGGGCAAGAACGGAGACCCCAUCCUCAUCUCCCUCAAACACGGCUAUGUCCCAGGCAAGAACCGCGACCUUAAGGUGGUCAAGAAGAACAUUUUGGACAACAAGCUGCCCAAGAACACAGAGAAUACAGGCCCAGCCAACAAGUCUGCCUCCCCCACUCCAUCAAUUAAGAGUGAAGCCAAGCUGGAGGAGAUCUUGAAAGAAAUCAAAUCCCUCAAGGACCUGGUCAGCAGUCAGGAGAAGCGAAUCAUCAAACUUGAAGAGCAGAUGUCCAAAAUUGCCAUUUAAGGACCCUUUACCAAACCCACUACAAUUCAGGACGUUCCAUUUGCUGGGGGGAGGGCGGGACAAGUCACUGCCAAUCUCAAUGACAGCGUCCCACCUGAGGCCUGCCUAGCAACGAUCCCUAGCAACAUUCCAGCUGAACUUUUUUCUUAGCCAGCCCCUAACCCUCAGUUAACACCGAUGGAAUCAGAAGGACAUGUGGCAAAACUUUUGCAGAAAAUAUUCUCGCUUUUUUGGUGAAAGAGAAAUCUAUUCCUUUUAUUCUGUGGCAGUCAUUUUUAUUUUGUCUACUUGUUGUAUAAAAAGUCUUACAUAUUCCUUUUCCUUUUAGAUUACGACCCGGAAAAUUCCAACGUGAACAAUUCCUAUUUACUCUGGUAUAACCAAAUGUUUUUUUUUUUUUUUUUUAAGUAGGUAUCAGUAUUUGAUGUCCCCGUAUCCUGACUUAUACUGUUGCCAAAUUUGGAAUUUUGUUUACACCUCCUUGACAGUAUUUUCUCCUCUCUGUUUUUUGUGGGAAGAUUCAAAAUGCAAACCGUGUCUCAAUACAGCAGGGGGGGGGGAGGGGUGUCAUCAGUGAAUCACUUACUAUGAAAUUUACGAAAAAUUUAAUUGUCAUGGUAGGCAGACUGACAACUGUAUAAUUAGGAGGGAAAUCAGUUCUAAUUGAAUAUGCGUUUAGUUGCCACAGUCUAGACCCAGCACUCUCAGACAUAAAUAAUGACACAAGUCUUGCCGUUUGUGUUAAAGCUACAUAAACCUAUACCUCCUUUCUGGCCUUUUUCCCAUCCCCCUUCUUGCCAUUCAGAUACACUCGACUGUCAGUGGACACAGCAGUUCAUGUAAACAUACAUUUCUUCCAUACCUGCUAUAUUAACAUGCAUUGUGUGCUUAUCGGAGUAAACGACCAACAGUUCACAAAUCUCAUUUGCCAUUCCUCGCGUGAAAAGAAAGUUUCUUUGUAAAAUAUUUCUCUGUGUUCUGUAAACACUCUACUGUAGUCCAUGGUGCUGACUCCGGUACAGUGGCCGGUUGUUUUUGUGACAUUUAUGGGGUUAAAUGAUUUAUGUUUUGCUGAAUACUGCCCAUGAAAGGACCAGUGGCAUUGUGGAUAUUCAACCUUUCUGCAGAAAACAUCAGUUUGCUAUGCUUUGUUUUUGUAAGAGGUUCCGUCACCGACCUCAGUGUUUAGUACACGUGGGCUUGUUCAUGUUCAAAACACAAGUGUAGUGAAGUGUAGUGGGAUUCUUCCUCCAUCGUCCCAUUCAUUAUAUGCCAUCCCCAUUCCAGAUCCUUUUAUCUGUACAACCAGGACAGGAAUGUACAUGAAACAACAACAAAGUAAUCUCACUUUGACUUCUCUAUUAUCUUCUGUCUGGUAAUUAAGCCACAGAUUGCUUCAGAGACCAUUCAGGACAGACCUUAAAGGCUUAGAGUAUGUGUGAAUAUGUGCCUCAUGUCAUUGGCCUUUUGGUUAUUGCUGUAAGGAUGUACCUGCUUUGUUUAAUGUGGGUUUUUUUGUUGUUGUUAAGUCUUCACUGGCAGGAAAUGUGUGGGAGGGGUUGGUUAUGAAAUGGACUCAGUAGAAUGUCAAAGAGUUGCCUAAAACUACAAUGAAUUGGCUAGUUGGGUCAUUGUUUCACUGUUGAUUUUAGCCUGUUUCUUGCUCCAGCUGUGCUUAUAUCCCUCUUAGCACUUCCACUAAUUGGUUUUUCAAAUAGUUAUUUCUCAGAUGCCCCAAGUCAUAAUUAAGUAACUUGAAAAAAACAAAACAAGAACCAUUAGAUUGUCCAGUCUGAGUUGGUUUUGA